AUGGUCAGAAUCAAUAUGUACGGACGGGGGCUCAGCCUUCGGCUGGCCAUCAUGUUCACCUGCCAAGCAGCAUUCGCCUUAUUCGGCUACAACCAGGCAGUAUUUUCUGGGAUUAUUAACAACGCUGAUUUCCUCUCCAUCGUCCACCAUCCCACUACGGCUGUAAUGGGAAUUAUAGUGUCUAUAUACAAUCUAGGCUGUCUCCUUGGCACAGCGGUGGCCUUCUUGACAAGUGACAAUUUAGGUUUUCGAAAGUCCGUGUGGCUUGCGAUGUGUAUAAUUAUAAUUGGGGCAACGGUCCAGACCAGCUCCUACUCCAAAGCGCAGUUGCUGGUGUCCCGGCUCUUCACUGGGAUUGGAAUUGGCAUCAUGACAACGACCGUGCCGGUGUACCAAGCGGAAUUAUGUGAAGCACGCAAACGAGGAAUGUAUGUCUGCACUCAACCUCUCGCUGUCGGUGUAGGUAUUACCAUUGCGUACUGGUACGACUAUGGUAUGAGCUAUGUGGAUGGACCUAUCAACUGGAGGCUGCCCAUCGCCAGUCAAGUGAUCAUCGCAAUUCUCGUUAUCAUAUUGAUCUUAGGACUUCCGGAGAAUCCUCGGUGGUUGUGCCGUCAGCAUAGGAGGCAGGAGGCCUUGCAAGUUCUAAGCGACUUUUAUGAUCUACCACUAGAUCAUCCAACAGUGACCCAGGAGGCUGAAAAUAUCUUCAGGGCCAUAGAUGAUGGUCGUCCAGAGUAUAAGUGGUCAGAGAUCUUCAAGAAAGAUGAGCUUCAUACGGGUCGACGAAUCUUGCUGGCGUAUGGGCUACAGUUUACGAACCAGAUGGGAGGGGCUCCCUUGAUUGUCGUAAGUGGACCUCAAGAGUACUGCAGUUCAGAAGCUAACUCCAUGCUCCAGACCUAUGUCACUACAGGUAAAACCAACGGUCAUUCCUCCCUCGCUGAUCGUGUUACCGUAGGUGCUUUUUAUCCCAUCUUUUACUCCGAUCGAUUGGGACGGCGGAGCCCAAUGAUGUGGGGAUCCUUUGGCCUCUUCGUAUGCCUACUCAUGAUCUCCAUUCUUCUGUCCUUCAAAGGGACGAACCUGGAAAAGUCGACCGCUACGGCCUCCGUGGCUUUCUUCUUUCUGUAUAUGCUCAUCUAUGGGGCCACGAUUAAUUGCAUACCAUGGGUAUACGGGCCAGAGCUACUGCCCCAACAUGUCCGGACAAAAGGGCAAGCCAUCGGAAUUUCGGCUAACUGGCUCUGGAGCUUUUUCGUGAACAUGAUAUCUCCGACGCUGAUCCGAGACCUUGCAUGGAAAGGGUAUCUCAUCUUCGUCGCCUUUAACCUCGCCUUUAUACCGAUCGUGUACUUCUACUAUCCCGAAACAGCUAACUUGAGUCUCGAGGACAUUGAUUCCCUGUUCGGAGUGCAGAAGGCACAGCCUAUUCGGGAGGAUGACAAAGGGUUUACCUGGGUGGAAACCAGACCCGUGAGCUAA